AGAAGCACCCGAGCAAGAGCGAGACACAUCGGGGACAGAAGGGGCGGCAUCCCGCUCAACUGGGGAUAGCAAACAGGAUGUGGUCACUUUUGGCGGGAAAGGAUCAGAACCGGGAAAGUUUAAGUUCCUGCGCGGGGUUGUGGUGUCGCCUAGCAACGAGAUAUGUGUGGCUGAUAUGAGUAACAGGCGAGUCCAAGUCCACAGCAUGGAGGGGGUUUACCUGCGCAACUUCCCAACAGUUGUACCGGGUACAGGAGAAAGUACGAUGCUGCCACGUGAUGUUUGUAUGGACGGUAACGGCACGCUGUGGGUGGUGGGGGAAGGAGAGACAGCCGAACAUGUUGUACAGUACAGCACGGACGGGGCCGCCAUGGCGCGGUUUGACCUGAAGAAGAGCCAUAAUUUCCGCGGCAUCGCAGUAGACACGCGCACUAACCACAUCCUGGUGACUGAUGCAGCCAACACUGAAGUACAGGUGUUCCGUCCGGACGGCUCCCUGGUGCGGACAGUCCGGCAUCCCGAGGGUGAGAUGAAAUACCCACAUUACGUCACUGUGGACGGGGAAGGGAACAUUCUUGUGUCGGACUGGAGAAGUGACUCUGUGUACGUGUAUGACGAGUCCGGGAAGUUCCUGUUCCAGUUUGGAGGGAAGGGAAGUGGUGAAGGUCAGCUGAUGUAUCCCCGCGGCAUCUGUACAGGCAGCUCUGGGCACAUCCUCGUGGCGGACAAUGAGAACAGGAGAGUUCAGAUCUUCACACGUCACGGCGAGUUUGUCCGAACCUUUCGUACUGGAUUUAAGCCGACAGGCCUGGCUGUGGGACCGGAAGGGCAGCUGGUUGUGACCGAUCAACCUAACCACACUUUGGCCGUAUUUUCUAAUUACUGA